AAAGAUAAAAGAAAGAAGCAGCAGCCAAGGCGAGGAGAGUGGAGGAAAAGAAAAGAUUCGGGAGCUGCCAGGGGUGGCGGGCGGCAUAUGCUCCCAGCAUCGCAUCGUUAUUCCGUCCCCCGCGGGAAUAUACUUCGAAGAGCACCAACUGGAAAGCCUCGGAUUCCCUCCCGCAACUCCAGUCUUUUAGAAUACUCCCCAAGCAAUCGCGCCCAGCGCCCCCACGACAUGUCUAUAAAUCUUUCUUCCGUCCCCCUCUCUCCCACUUCUCCUCCUCCUCUUCUCCCUUGUUCUUCUUGUUCUCUGUCUUGGGUUGCGAGAAGCCCCUGCUUCUCGAGAGAAGUGCGGCGUCUCUCCGUACGCCAAAAGAAGCGGAGGAGUGCGGUGGUCUUGGCGGCGGCGUCGGGGAGGAGGAUGGUGAUAGAAGAGAUAAAGGACGAGGAGGUCGAGGAAGCGCCGCCGCUGUUGGAGGCUGCCGAGGCCAACUCCAAGCCUCGCCGCAUUGCUCUUUUCGUCGAGCCCUCUCCCUUCGCCUAUGUUUCUGGAUAUAAGAACCGGUUUCAGAAUUUCAUCAAAUACUUGCGUGAAAUGGGAGAUGAGGUCAUCGUUGUGACUACCCAUGAAGGGGUGCCUCAGGAGUUCCAUGGAGCAAAACUGAUCGGUUCGUGGAGUUUUCCCUGCCCAUGGUAUCAAAAGGUUCCGCUUUCUCUGGCACUUAGCCCCAGAAUAAUAUCAGAGGUGGCAAAGUUCAAGCCGGACAUAAUUCACGCAUCUUCACCUGGAGUCAUGGUAUUUGGUGCUCUUAUAAUUGCUAAGUUGCUUUGUGUCCCAAUAGUGAUGUCAUAUCACACCCAUGUUCCAAUAUACAUUCCCAGGUACACGUUCAGCUGGUUGGUGAAGCCUAUGUGGUUGAUUAUAAAGUUCCUUCACAGAGCUGCUGAUCUUACAUUAGUACCUUCAGCUGCUAUUGGCAGGGAUCUUCAAGCUGCUCGUGUGACAGCAGCUCACAAGAUACGCCUUUGGAACAAAGGUGUUGAUUCUGAAAGUUUCCACCCUCGUCACCGCAGCCAUGAAAUGCGCAUAAGGCUAAGUAAUGGUGAACCUGAAAAGCCAUUGAUAAUUCAUGUUGGACGCUUAGGAGUUGAAAAAAGUUUGGAUUUUCUCAAAAGAGUUAUGGAUAGGCUGCCAGGAGCAAGAAUUGCCUUUAUUGGAGAUGGACCAUACAGGGCUGAACUGGAAAAGAUGUUCUCAGGCAUGCCCGUGGUGUUCACAGGAAUGCUGCAAGGCGAGGAGCUUUCACAGGCGUAUGCCAGUGGUGAUAUUUUUGUGAUGCCUUCAGAAUCUGAGACCCUUGGGCUUGUCGUGCUGGAGGCCAUGUCAUCUGGGAUUCCUGUGGUGGCAGCUCGAGCAGGUGGAAUACCAGACAUUAUACCAGAAGAUCAGGAGGGCAAAACCAGCUUCCUAUUUACCCCUGGAGACCUUGAUGACUGUGUGAACAAGAUUGAACGCCUACUGUCUUGCAAGGAAUUUAGAGAGGCGAUGGGUCGGGCUGCACGGGAAGAGAUGGAGAAGUAUGACUGGAAAGCAGCCACCCGGAAGAUACGCAAUGAGCAGUACAAUGCAGCCAUCUGGUUCUGGCGGAAGAAGAGGGCGCAGCUGCUUAGACCCAUUCAGUGGUUGGUCAGAAGAUUUUUCCGGUCGCCGCAAGUCAAUUAUAGUUGAUGUUAGAAUGUGUACAUUGCAGUUGAAAGGUUUGAGAAAGUGUGGGUGAUUGGCCAGUUGAUUCGUUUCUUGUACAUUAUUAUGUGUAUUGCCAUAACUCUAGUCUUUGUUGGAGAUGAUGCAAUGAUAAAGGAAUUGUUUGUUGUUAUUGUGUCA